AUAAAUGCACAACAACUGUUGGCUAUUUGUUUUACCAUAAUUUUCAAAUUAAUAAUUGUCAUUUCAUAAAUACCUAUUUGUGAGCUACUCAGGGGACCAACGAUCUUUUUCAUGUGUUCAGCAGGAUUUGUUUUUUCUUUCUUUCUCUCUAUUUAGUGAGGAAAAGGAAACUUAAAGGCAGUUGUCUGAAUAGUUCCUACUUUAAGUUUCAGUUUCCUUUCUUUCUCAGAGUCCAGGAAGCCUCAGAUCUCAGCAGAACCUUCUGUCUCCAAACUGUGGCUGCUGGAUAAAUCAGAAAGAGAAACGAAUUCUCCCUUUAAGCCUUAUCCAACUCUUACAGACAAAACAAUGGCUGUGACAACCAGACUGACAUGGAAGGAGGAAAAGAGCCUGCAAAAACUACUUGGACACGCUUCCUUGACUCUUCUUUAUAAGUCUAGUGUUCAUGGCUACAGCAUUGAAAAUAUGCUUCAAAGGUGCACUUAUCAAGGAUCCACUAUAACACUGAUUUAUACUAAGAACAAUAUUUUUGGAGCCUUUAUACUUGGGCAUUAUCCUAAAAUAGGGGAAAAAUCUGAAAGCCUAGAUUCUUCCUUUUGUUUUUCAUUACAAAAGAAGGAUAACACAAUUGAAAUACCAACUUUUCCUUUCAAUAGAGUACCUGAAAUUACUGCUAAUAGACUGGCAUUUUAUUUCUGUGAUUAUACGCUUUUCUGUUUAAAUACAGAAUUAAAACAAAUUGUUAUUGUUUAUCGUUUGGAAGAUAAGGCAUUUACAACUCCCAAGCGUUUUCACUAUUUGGAAUGUGAAGUCUUUCGGGUUGAAGGAAUUAAGGAUGACUCAUGCUAUGUAAGGAGAGUAACAAGGGUCACACAGCACAGAGAGCACCUCCUGGCUGAACUCAGAGCCUACAAACCCAGCACAUGCUUGAUUCCAGAAAUUCGUAUUCUCAUGCUGGGUCCAGUUGGGUCUGGAAAGUCUACUUUUAUCAAUUCAGUUAAAUCUGUUUUCCAAGGCCAUGUGAUUAGACAAGCCAUAGCGGGGUCUGAUAUCACCAGCAUUACUGAACAGUAUAGAAUAUACUCCAUUAAAGAUGGAAAAGAUGGCAUAUCUCUGCCAUUUAUGUUGUGUGACUCACCGGGGCUGGAAGAGAAAGAGGAAGCAGGAUUAUGCAUAGAUGACAUAUCCCACAUUUUAAAAGGCUGCAUACCAGACAGAUAUCAGUUGAAUCCCCAAAAGCCAAUUACACCUAGUCAUUCCACCUUCAUCACCUCGCCAUCUUUGAAGGAGAGGAUUCACUGUGUGGCUUAUGUGUUAGAUGUCAACUCUGUCAAUCAUCUGCCUUGUAAAAUGGUGAAAAAGUUCAAAAGAGUUCAAAAAGAAGUAUUACACCUUGGUAUAGCACAUGUGGCUUUACUUACUAAAGUGGAUAACUGGGAUGAAAUUCUGCAAGAUGACUUUCUAAACAUGAAUAGAUCUAUGACUUACGAAAGCCAGAUAAUGCAUGUCAGCAAAAUGCUAAACAUCCCUAUUUCUAAUAUCUUGAUGGUUGGAAAUUAUGCCUCAGAGUGUGAGCUGAACCCCUUAAAGGAUGUUUUGAUCCUUUCUGUGCUGAGGCAGAUGUUGAGGGCCACAGAUGACUUCUUAGAGGAUUUGCCUCUUGAGUAAACAGAUGAAAUUGCUGGAAUAUUACAGCUCUGCAUGUGACAUUAGCUGCCUGAUGCUGACACUUGGCCCAAGCCUGCUUUGGCAUGCCCCAGUUAGAAUCAAUCUCUUCUGACAGCCUCCCUCAGACUCCUCCCUUAGACUCUACUUUUGCCUUCUGUCCCUGACAACAUCUGACUGAUGGCUUCUCCAAAGAUCAGCCAUAUCUCAAGCCCAAAGGCAAGCCCUGAGAAGUAGUGGGUCAAAAUAUGCCCUACUACAAACUUCCCUCCACAUUUUUGCACGAUUUACAACUUAGUUUAUGUGACACCUUUCUAAACCUCCUUCCCCAGGCAAAAUAAAUUGUCGCCUUACUUCUUCUAUAGCACUUUAUAUAAAACUCUAUGGGAAUGCUAGUAAUGCUGAAUAAUGAUUAUUCUAUGUUUAUAUAAAUAUCUGUUUUCCUAGAUAUGUUAUGAUUUCUUUGAGAAACAGGAUUUGGAUUUUACUUAUCUUUGUAUUCAUAGGGUGAAUACACAGUGACUAGCAGGGAGCAAGAAUAUCUCCAUUACUUCUUCACCUACCUCCUCAUAGUGGUACCAUGUACUUUAACUUUUUCUCCUUUUAGAAGUGAAAACUGUGAGGGGAUGAAAUGCAGGAGAGGAGAAAUGGAACUAAAGGAGAGAUAGUUUUUCAUUUAUCUCUGGUUGAAAAUAUGAAUUAAAGUUAAUUAAAUGAGAAAAAAAAUUUUUUAAGAACUCACAUUUUAUUUCUGUGGAAAAAAAUAAAGUUUCUUCCUGUAAUAAACUCAUGUCUGAUUUUCAUUAAUUGAAUUCUUAGUCAUGUCUCCAAAGUAGAGUGACCAAAUAUUAUUAUUUUAUACUAGUACAUGUCCAUAAGAAGGUUGUCUUAUACAAGCACCCCCAAAGGAUUCUGAUCCUCUGAGCAGUUGUAGAAGUGAAU